AUGAUAAGUAGAGAAACAUCAUCAGCCCGGGAGUUUUUUUUUUUUUUUUUUUUUUUUUCUUUUAAACUGAUAUCAGCCGCCGUUUCUGGUCGUGUUUACAAAAUCUGGCCACAUCAUUGCGCCGGAGAAUCGCACGCUGGAUUUCCUCAAUCGACAGACAAGGCCAACGUAGCGAUGGUAACGUUAAAUGUCCUUGAAUAUCCAAGCUGCCCUCGCAGGAGUUGGCGGCUCGGCUCGUCCUGUAGCGAGGGAAAUGGACCGGCUGUGGUCUCAACCCAGCAGCUGCCGCCUCCGUCCAGAGAACCGGGAAGAGUGAAGAACAAUCAGCCGAAGAGCACCCGCCAUCCCGGCAAAAAGGACCUGAUAGACCUUCCUGUCCUGAAUGAGGACGAGCUUGAAGAGCAGUUUGUGAGAGGAUCUGGACCUGGGGGACAGGCCACCAACAAAACCAGCAACUGUGUGGUGCUCAAGCACAUCCCCACUGGGAUUGUAGUAAAGUGCCAUCAAACCAGAUCUGUGGAAAUAAAUCGAAAGCGUGCCCGGGGAAUUAUGAGAGAGAAACUUGAUGUUGCAUAUAAAGGAGAACUCAGUGACGUUCUUGUGAAGAAGAAAGAGUCUGUGCUGAGGAAACAAGAGAAGAAGAAGAAGGCACAUGAGAAUCUGGAGAGAAAAAGACUGUUUAAAGAAGCACAGGUUGCAGAUUCUGAACCUGGGAAUGACACUUUUUAAAAUGUUUGCGUGGAAUAUAGAAAGACAGGAGUACUGUACUCUAGUUGUUGUGUAUUUUAUGCCAGCAAAGGCUAAGAGAAGAAUUUUCAAGUAUGGUUUAAAAAAUUAUUUACAGCAAGAUUGCUGAAAAUGUAUUUAUUUAUCAUUUAUUAUUAUGUCUUCUUAGAUAAAGUAAUAGGAGCUUCAAAAUUCUACUGACUGAACCAUGCUUUUAAAGUCGCCCUCCACUCAAAUUGUGUUUUGGUCAUUAUUAUGUCUCUUGGAUGUUUGACCUUCAUUGUGCAGUGACUGUCACUUGAAGACUGCUUUCAAAUUCUUCUGCUGAAACUGGAAAGUUUUGUAAGCCAGGCAACUUACACAAGUGUGAUCUGGAAACUUGAAGCAUGCAUUACACAUUCACUGAUAAUGGACAUUCAGUGAUGUAGGAGACAUCUUAAGGGAGUGAGAGAGGAGGUGUAGAUGUAAUUUUAAGAAUUUUUAACCAAGAAAUUUAACACAAAUUACAACAAGUAUUUUUAUAUAUUUUCAAACAUGCCUGGAUCAUAAAAUUUUCUUUCUGCUCACUAUUUUAUACACUAAGUUGGCAGUUUAUUGAACCUAGCUAAAGGUCUCCUAUUGCACUUAGUGCACGCUUUAGUGUUGUCCAUCACUUGUAAGUCAGUUUAAUAGAGCAGUGCAGAAAAUCCAACCUUUCAUGGCGGUUAUGAUGUUCAGUUUGUGUUGAAACUGUUUCAGAAAGGUCAAGAAAAACAAUGGUCAUUAAAAUGGCAGUUUGUGGUGCUUUUGAAUUGUAUAGCGUUAUACAGAGGUGGAUAAAAUAAUAAACACCUGUCCUGAGCAAGGUGUACCUAAUAAACUGCCAUUUGAGUAUAUACCAAAAACA